AUGAUAACCAGGAAGAUCCGAGAAACCAACGACCAAUCGUCGUGGACGCCUCGCGGGCCUCAAUCGAGAGUUAAAGCCGAUUUUGGUUCGCCCUUAUAUCCGGAUGAUCUUGAAUUCGUCGUUCCGCUCCCCUGCGACUUUGCCAACUUCUCGCUCCGGGAUCCGUGUGGCUGUUGCGUGAAAAUUCUGCAUGAAUCUCUUAAUCCCGGAUCGGCUCCGUUUAAUCCCGUGGAAACGCUUUGCAGCCAUCAGUCGGAGACCACCCAUUGGGAUCAUCCGAAAAUGAUAGAGCUGAUGUCUUCGCUGGCGGACCUGAACGAAGUACGAUUCUCGGCGUACAGGACCGCGAUGAAGCUGCGCACCGUUCAAAAGCGAUUAUGCCUGGACAUGUUGAGUCUUUCCACCGCAUUAGAGCAAUUCGAUUCGCACGGGCUCCGAGCGCAAAACGACAAACUAAUCGACAUUCCCGACAUGGUGACAGUCUUGACGUCUCUGUACGAAGUGAUAACGGCGGAUAAUCCGACGCAAGUAUCCGUGCCGUUGUGCAUCGAUUUGGCCAUCAACUGGCUCCUCAACGUGUACGAUAGGUGA